AUGAACAAAAGUGAAAGAAUAAUUAAAAAUAGAAAAGAUGAACUCGAAGCUAUUGAUAACUCACUUGCAGCUAUUAAUUCACUCUCACUUUAUGUAGAAAAAAUGGAAGAAGACUAUGAAUCUAUUGGAGCCAAUUAUCUUGUAUUAACUCAUUUACUCAAAAAAGAAAUCCAAGAAAUGCAAAAUUCUUCAAAUAAAUCAAAUAAUAGUACUGAUGACAAUAAUAAUAAUAAUAAUAAUGAUAAUAACAACCAUAAUAUGGUAUUAAAAAAUUAA